GUUGAAGUAAUCUUUCCUUUUUGCUUGUUCCAAGUUCAACUAACCAAAAAACUCGGUCCAAAAAAAGACCCUGAAUAAAAGCCUCUCCUCACACUCAACAGUCACAGUCGGAGAUAAUGCAUACCAUUUCCAUGGAAGAGGUGGAGGUGGAGGAGGAGGAGCUGGAAGGGUUUCAGAAACAAGUAACUGAGCGUUUCGCCGAUUUGUGUUCGUCGGAGUCGGAUGACGACGACUUGCUCUCUCUGGCCUGGCUCCGGAAGCUUCUCGACGCCUUCCUUUCCUGCCAAGAAAACUUCCGCCUUAUUCUAUUCAAACACACAUCUAUGCUGUCUAAGCCUCCUAUGGAUCGCUUGCUUUCCGACUACUUUGACCGUACCGUCAAGGCUCUUGAUCUAUGUAACGCUAUCCGAGACGGGAUUCAACACAUCCGUCAAUGCCACAACCUUGUUCACAUCGUUCUCUGCGCUCUAAAUCCAAAUCCAAAUCCAAAUUUAAAUCUGGGUGAGGCCCAUUUCCGCCGCGCCAAGAAAGCUCUCAUUGAUUUGUCCAUUGUAAUUGCAAUGCUGGAUGAUCAUAAGGAAUCUCAAUCUCAAUCCAAUGCUAAUGCAAUUAGGAAUCGCUCUUUUGGAAGGAACAACUUCGCCGCCGCUGCUUCUUCUUCGCCUCGUAAUUCCUUGGGUCAUUUCCGCUCUCCGUCUUGGAGUGUGUCUCGCUCUUGGUCGGCUUCGCGGCAGCUCCAGGCUAUUGGGAAUAACCUGGUGAUGCCCAAAGGGAAUGGCCUGGCCGUGCCGGUGUUUACAAUGAAUUGGGUGUUGUUGUUGACAAUGUGGGCUCUGGUGGCUGCCAUUCCGUGCCAGGACCGUGGUCUGCAGGUGCAUUUCUAUAUUCCGAGGCAGUUUGUGUGGGCCGGGCCGGUGCUGGCCGUGCACGAGCGGAUUAUGGAGGAGUCAAAGAAGCGGGAACGGAGGAACGCUUGCGGCCUGUUAAAGGAAUUUCUUCACAUUGAGAAAACCAGCAGGCAGCUCUCUGAAUUGGUGGAUUCCCUGCACUUCCCACUCACUGAAGAGAAGGAAGCUGAGGUCAGGAACAGAGUGCAGGAGCUCUCUCAAGUUCACCAGGCCAUUAAGGAGGGAUUGGACCCCUUGGAGAGACAACUCAGGGAGGUCUUCCAUAGGAUUCUUCGCAGCAGCAGCCGAACCACUUCAACUCUGGCUAAUUAAUCAAUCUCAAUUGCUCACUUUUUGCUUCAGGGAAUUCAAGAAGUAUCAGCCACAAGCUCUUCUAUUUAUCACCAUAUAUUUUCUCUUAAAAAAAAAAAAAAAAAAGGGAAUGGACUUGUCCCGUCCAUGGGUGUUGUUAUUUUUUUGCCUUUUGUUGUUGCUGUUUUAUGAUCGAAUUGCUGAGGAAGUUGUUGCAUCUUCAAUUUUCAGCUGAUUUUGUGUUAAUGAAUGUAUGUAAUAUAUUAUACACAGACAGACACACACACAUAUAACAAAUUUUGUAUUGCAAA